UGAAAGUUUGGAAGAUAGUUAUUUUAUAUCCAUUUUGUUUUUCAUUCUAAUUCUUUAUUAAUUUUAAGAAAUAUUACAAGUCACUUAUUGCAUGUUACACAGCUUUGUGUAUAAGCAACCUUGAAGGAAGGCUAAGGUUUAAAUUUGAAAAUCCCUAUAUUUAUCUUUUAUUAUUUAAGCCUAUUUAUACUUUUAAAUAUGGAUUUCACUACUUCAAAUAACAUUUGAACGGCAUAAGCCAUGUUGACGAAUAAAAUACAUUAUAAAAGAAACUGAUCGUUGGAGAUAAAAAAUUGCCGACGUCUGUAAUUUUACUAUGAAUCAUUUUUCUGCCGAUGAACUUUUCGAUUAUUAUUAUCAUUUUCAGCCAUUUUGCGCCGAAACUUCACACUUAUUAGAAUGUUAUUGGAAGCACGUUAAAACAUACUGUAUUAAAUCAAUACUUUUUCUUUAAGAACAGACCUGAAAUGUACAUUUUGACAAUAUUUUAAAAAUUCCUGACAAUUAUUGACAUUUGUGACAGUGUGGACAGACUAUCAUAUACACAUUAUAUGUAAUAAAAAACCCCACUCGUUUUUUAGGCAUGUGAUAGAGAUGUUAAUUAUACUAUGGACACUCCUGUUUGCAAUCAAAGGUAGCCAAUCUGCAUCUCCAUCAAAACCAUUAUGCUUGGAAGAAAACCGCAUAGCGUGGCGUGGUUAUCAACCCUACAUCAUGAACAUCAGCAAUGUCAACAACACUGGUGUUGUAUCCAACUUGUUCAAAAUAGCACUGCGAAGUUGUUGUCGAGGGGAGCUAAACCUUAUUUAUCAAUUAGAAUAUAGUGGACAAAAUGAAGCAGCUGGUAUCGCUAUGAAUGACACAAUUGACUUUAUCAUGCCAGUACAAAUGAAUACAAAGAGUAAGAAAUAUCUGACGAAACCAUUCGUGUCUGCAGUUGAUAGUCCUGGAUUUGCAUUUUACGUGUUACCAAACCCAUCUGCUGGAGAAGCUAUUGUGCAAGCCAUUUCAUCAACGUGGCCCCUGAUAACGUUAAUGUUUUUGUUGGUAGCAAUCUCUGGAACAAUUUUUUGUCUCAUAGAGGCUAUCAUACUUGGUACAUCCUUUCCCAGAAAAAUUGUUCACGGCUUCUGGUGGGCGUUUGUUUCCAUGACUACUGUGGGAUAUGGUGACAUAUGUCCAAAAACAAAAGCAGGCAAGUUAUUUAGUAUCGUAUGGGUGUUAACCGGUGUCGCAUGCUGUGCGCUGUUCACAUCAUUCAUAACUUCGAUAUUGACAUCUGCGGUUUUACAUGAAACUGUCACUGUGAGCGGUUUGGAGAUUGCUGUGAUACAAGGUAGUGAAGAACAUAAGUACACAUUGAAAAAAAAUGGAAUCCCCACAGCAUUUCACACAAUAGACGAGAUCAUCAAAGCAUUAGCUGAUCAACGUGUUCAAGGUGCUUUGAUCGAUAGCUAUGUUGCUGCAGGGUAUCAAGAAGAGUUAAGCAAGUAUCAUCUGGAUGGUAUAAUUGAAUAUGUCAGUAGUAAUGGCAUCGUUUUCACAAACAAGGGAUUGAAAUAUGCUUCCUGCGUAAGAGAUUACUUUCUCUCAAGACAAGCACAAGUAUUCGAAAUGAUUGCAGAAAAUGUUGAACCAAUCAAAAUGUCGAUGAUGAACUCUGCUGUUCAAAAGUCACAAAACUUAGUUGAUCCAACACAGAGUUCCUUUCUAAUCUCAAUCUUUGCCAUGGCAAUUGCAUUAGUUAUAAUUUUCAUUAUUGGAGUAAUGUGGGAUAAAAGAGAAAUUUGGAGAAAGAAAGAAGAUGAAGGAUUAAGCGCAGAACCAUUACUAGACCAAGGUCUAACAUUAACAGAAUGGCGACAAAGAUACAAAUCCAACCUCCGCGAAUUGCUGCAAUCAAUACAAGCUGACACGGAGAAUAUUAGAAUGAAAUGUGAAUCAAUAACAGAUAAAAUUUCGUUGCAAAACAAUGGACUGGUGACGUUAAAAAAAGAUAUGAUGGUCACUCUAACACAAAAAUAAAUUUUAAUUACUUUUAUAUUCGUAGAAGAGGUUUAUAAGUCUAUUCUAUUUAACAGGAAUUUCUAAGUUGAGUUCUGACUUAGUCAAAAAAUGUUGACUUAAAUGUCUUUCUUUGCACUUCAUUAUAAAAACAUUAUGGAUAACGAACAUUCCUAAACUGUAAUUGUAAUGAUAUUGGUAGUAUAGCAAGAUAAUUAUGUAUUCUUUUUUGUUACACAAAUAUUUAACACCUUAUACAUAAAUUGUAUAUAUAAUAUUGUUUAUAGAUAAUAUCAAUUUUGAGGCAUUUAAAAA